AUGUCAAACGGAAUGCAAGGCGAUAUGCUCUCAUUCAAAUUGGCUGCUAUUUUUGUCACAUUAUCGUUAAUGACUCUGGGAAACCCUUCUUCUCUGGCCAGCAGUUCAAGGGAAUGCUCGAGUGUAAGGCCAGUAAUCCGAGAAGAUAGUCGCCAGCAAUUCAACUGGCUGGGCAGGAUUAGGUACACCAGGUCAGCGGGUGGGGUGUGGUAUCCCUGCUCCGGAGUGGCCAUAACCAGACGUCAUGCCCUCGUGCCUGCUCACUGUGUUCUAUUUCUGGAUAAGGGCGAUGCCUACAGCUUUAUGGUUGGAAACAGAAGACACACCGUCAGUCGUAUUUUCAUUCACCCAGAGUAUCGUUUGGAGCUUCCGUCUUACGAUGUUGCCGUCCUUAAACUGAACUCCCAACUGAGAUCCUGUUUGUCCAUAUCGGAGGAUACUGAAUCCCAUGACGUGAUCGCCCGUCUAUUCGAUGUGGUCAGUACGCUGGUGGAUAAGCAUCCGAAAAGCCUUCAUACUCUGGCCAGGGUCACGGGUCACCAGUACUGUCAGCGAAAAUAUAAAGAUUUCAUACUUAGGCACAAUGAGAUUUGUGCGUACGUCCACCAGGAUAAAGAUUUCCUAACUGGCGCAGCUCUAUUGGGUAUCCAAAUUGUAAAUGGAUCUGAGGCUUGGCGUCUUUUGGGAAUAUCAACGCACGGCCCGUACGAAAGAAACCGCAAGAUACCCGAUAUCUUUACGCUUAUAUACCCUUUCAAUAACUGGAUUGGGAACAUUCUUAGUUUAUAA